GGGAAAUUGAUGAAAAUCUAGCAUUAAGUCUGAAAGUGAAAGAGAAGUGACGGACAAAGAGGAAGUAGUACACUUGCUUCUCCUCAAGACCUUCUUGUCAAAGUCUUGGUCUGCCAAUGAGAAAGCCCAAAACAUAAAUCAGGACUUGCAAUCUUAUCGCAUAUUUUCUUUGACAAGACGUAAUAGCAAUUUUGGGACGUAGAGCAUUUUCUCUUGGAAAUUCUCUUCGGCUCGCCUUGGCAUCGCUGUUGACAUCAUAUACGCCAUCGCCCUUCAGCUAUCCAAGAAGUGCACAGUCAUAUGUGCUUAUGCGAUAGCUUGAGGCUUUUGAGCUUGUGGGGUGCUCACAGCCCUCAGCAGCUCAGCGCUAUCGGUUUCAGAUCCAGGAGAUUGGGAGUACUCCCCAGAAUGGAUGGGCAGCCAGGGAGGCAGCUGGGGUCGUGAUGCAGGCACCACAGUCUUCAGUCAGCUCUCUCACUGUGGCAAUGGGCUCGUGACAGUCACGUCGCAUAAAGCAUCUCAUCAGGAGCCGGCUCCGCCAGGGUGUCGCUCAGAGGGCAGCAUGGCUCAGGAAUGGCGAGUCCUGCGCUUCAAUGAAGUCACGCGCCAGAGCGUUGCCAGAGUGUGGCAGCCUCUGGAUGGCAGCAGCGGCGCGCAUGCGCAGGCAGACUGCCUCGGCAUGGAAUACCUGAAGACCAUGGCCUCAGCAGCGCAGCUGCAUCCGUGAUGGGCAUGGUGAAGGAUGACCCGGUCUUCCUGCAGCGGUGCCUUACAAACAGCAGCAGCCAACAGGCGCACCAGCGGCCGUCUGCGCU